UUUGCCAAACCGGAAGUAGCUGCACGAGAGCACGGGAACAGCUGUGGAAAAUGUUUACGUUCAGUCUAACGCUCGUACGACAUGGAGAAACGCAGUACAACAAGGACAAGCUGCUGCAAGGUCAAGGUGUGGACACUCCCCUGUCAGAAACAGGAAUACAGCAAGGCGAGGCGGUGGGACGAUACCUCAAAGACAUCAAAUUCAACAACGUGUUUGCCAGUAAUCUGCAAAGAGCCAUACAGACAGCUGAAAUAAUUCGGAGGAACAACACUCACUGCUCUGGCACGGAGAUGGUUUUGGAGCCGUUACUCAGGGAGAGGGGUUUUGGUGUCGCUGAAGGACGACCCAAAGAGGAUCUGAAGAACAUGGCCAACGCUGCUGGACAGUCAUGUCGUGACUACACUCCUCCAGGAGGAGAGACUUUGGACCAGGUGAAGCUGCGAUUCAAAAAAUUCCUCAAAGUCCUUUUCAAGCAAAUGUUGGAUGAACACGGCUGGUCAGGACCACAUGUUUCUGCAGGAGCAAAUGAAGUUGCGAAUGGGACCGCAGCUGCUUCCUCAGACCUUGAUCCUGUUGGCUCCGCUGACAGCGGUCUCCAGGGAGUGCCGGUGCACGCUCUGGUCGUGAGCCACGGCGCUUACAUCCGUGUGGCCGUCAGGCACCUUGUAGAGGAUUUGCAGAGCUCUCUGCCUGCAGGUUUGAAGAUGUCUCAGCUGUUUUCACCGUGUCCGAACACGGGCAUCAGUCGCUUCAUUUUCACUUUGAGUCACUCUGAGUCCGGCCCGGUCCUCUCUUCUGCGCGUUGCCUCUUCACCAACAGGAAGGAUCACCUGGAAAACCUCACAGCUGCUCAAUAGUGUGAAGGGGAAGAAAUGGGACAGAAUUUUAAGUUAUGGUGUACUGUUUUUGUACACAGUCUCUUGAAAGAACAAUCGUGAAAACUAAAGGGAAAAUAAGAAACAAAGACCUCAAAGUUACCACGGGUAACUAAAAACAGCAAUGCACAUGAUAUUUAAAUUAUGUUCUCUCAUUAAUCAUAGUCUUUUGAUGUGUGCAGUACUGUAUUAUAAAAAUGCCUCAUCCUCCUCCUAGCUGUAGGUCAGUGACGACUUGCGUUAUACUAUAUACAUUUUUAAUAUUGUUAAAUGUAUCGCCUCUUUUAUCAUGUUAUACCAAAGUGACAAAUCUGUGUAUUAUUGGAGACUGUAUGUGUGGCAUUUUCAAGUUGAUGUAACUCCUUUAUUGCUGCUCAUUUUACUUGUGCAAUACAACAUGUCAACACUGACCCUCUGCUGAGUUUUACAUAGAAUAAAAAAAUAAUAAUACAG